GUUGAUUACACGGCAAUCGUGGUCGGCAUUUGGAAUUUUAAUAUUUUUGCAUUUUUUUCGCGCAAAUUUACCGAUAAAACUUAUCAAAACUACUCGAAAAAAGUUUUUUUGCAAGCAGAAGAAAAAGAAAGAGUCAAAAAAUGUCUGGCCCAAAUCCAUUCAAGCAUUUGGAAAAGGAACUCAGCAUAAAUGGAGAGAAUUUCAAAUAUUACGAUAUCGCGUCAUUCAAUCAGUUUGCUCACCUUCCGUUCUCGAUUCGUGUCUUGCUGGAAAGUGCCGUUCGUAAUUGUGACAAUUUCCAAGUGAAGGAAGCCGAUGUUCACAACAUCUUGGGAUGGGCUUCGACAAAUGGCGAGGGCUCAACCGGUGCCGACAUCGAAAUUCCCUUUAAGCCAGCUCGUGUAAUUUUGCAGGAUUUCACUGGCGUUCCAGCUAUUGUGGAUUUUGCUGCGAUGCGAGAUGCGGUCCUCAAAUUGGGUGGCGAUCCCGAUAAAAUUAACCCCAUUUGCCCGUCGGACCUGGUAAUCGACCACAGUGUUCAAGUGGAUUUCUCCGGAACGCCCGAUGCCCUCGACAAAAAUCAAAAUCUCGAGUUUGAACGGAACAAGGAACGCUUCACUUUUCUCAAGUGGGGCGCACGUGCCUUCAAUAAUUGUUUGAUUGUGCCACCGGGCAGCGGAAUUGUGCAUCAAGUAAAUUUGGAGUAUUUGGCUCGUGUGGUUUUCGCUGAAGGCACGAACGGAUCGAAAGUCUUGUAUCCCGAUAGCGUCGUUGGCACGGACAGUCACACAACGAUGAUCAACGGAUUGGGUGUCGUUGGAUGGGGUGUCGGUGGCAUCGAAGCUGAGGCAGUUAUGCUCGGACAAGCUAUUUCCAUGUUGUUGCCCGAAGUAAUUGGAUAUAAACUCGUUGGGACACUCAAUCAACUUGUCACGUCGACAGAUUUGGUUUUGACGAUUACGAAACAUUUGCGUCAACUUGGUGUCGUUGGAAAAUUUGUCGAGUUCUUUGGACCUGGCGUUGCGGCAUUGUCGAUUGCUGACCGAGCAACUAUCAGUAACAUGUGUCCCGAAUAUGGAGCAACUGUUGGUUAUUUCCCGAUCGAUCAAAAUUCCAUCAAUUACUUGAGACAAACUAGUCGUUCUGAGGAGAAAAUCGCAAUAAUCGAAGCUUACCUGAAAGCCACCAACCAACUGCGGGACUUUGCAAAUGCCGAUCAAGAUCCCAAAUACACAAAAGUCAUCGAACUCGAUCUCGGCACUGUCGUUACCUCCGUUAGCGGACCCAAACGCCCGCACGAUCGCGUCUCCGUGAGCGACAUGCACAACGAUUUCCGUCAAUGCUUGACGAACAAGGUUGGUUUCAAGGGAUUCGAAAUCGAUCCUGCCCAUGUCAAGGAUGAGGGAAGUUUCACUUGGAGCAACGGCGAGACUUAUACAAUCAAGCAUGGGUCUGUCGUAAUUGCUGCGAUCACUUCCUGCACAAAUACGAGCAAUCCUUCGGUCAUGUUGGGCGCUGGAAUGUUGGCACAAAAGGCUGUUGCUGCCGGUUUGAGUGUCAAGCCGUACAUUAAGACGUCGUUGUCGCCGGGAUCGGGCGUUGUUACGUAUUAUUUGAGAGAAUCCGGAGUCAUUCCAGCCUUGGAAAAAUUAGGCUUCAACGUCGUCGGCUACGGUUGCAUGACUUGCAUCGGUAAUUCCGGUCCUCUCGAAGAAAAUAUCGCCAACACGAUCGAAAAGAACAAUCUCGUCUGCUGCGGUGUCCUUUCCGGCAAUCGUAACUUCGAGGGACGCAUUCAUCCGAAUACUCGUGCCAACUAUUUGGCAUCUCCCUUGCUCGUAAUCGCCUAUGCCAUCGCUGGCACGGUCGAUAUUGACUUUGAAACGACACCCAUUGGCCACAACAAAGCCGGCAAUCCCGUUUUCUUGCGCGACAUCUGGCCAACACGCCAAGAAAUCCAAGCUGUCGAGCAAAAACACGUCAUUCCAGCAAUGUUCAAAGAGGUUUACGCCAAAAUUGAGCAAGGCUCGCCCGCAUGGCAGGGAUUACAAGCGCCAUCCGGCAAACUUUAUCCUUGGGAUGCCUCCUCGACGUACAUCAAGCAUCCGCCAUUCUUUGAGAACAUGACGCGCGAACUGCCAAAAGUGUCGUCGAUCACCAAUGCUCGUGCCUUGCUUUAUUUGGGCGAUUCCGUGACAACGGAUCACAUUUCGCCAGCUGGAUCUAUUGCGCGCAACAGUCCAGCUGCUCGUUACCUUGCCGAACGAGGACUCAAGCCACGCGAUUUUAAUUCCUAUGGGUCACGACGUGGAAAUGACGCGAUCAUGGCUCGUGGCACCUUCGCCAACAUCCGACUUGUGAAUAAAUUGGCAAAGGCAGCGGGACCAAGGACAAUGCAUGUGCCAUCGGGCGAGGAAAUGGACGUUUUUGAUUGCGCUGAAAGGUAUCGCAGUGAAGGAACCGCUGUAAUUGCUGUCGUUGGCAAGGAAUAUGGAAGUGGAUCGUCUCGCGAUUGGGCAGCCAAAGGUCCAUAUUUGUUGGGCAUCCGUGCAGUAAUCGCUGAAUCUUAUGAACGUAUUCAUCGUAGCAACUUGGUUGGCAUGGGAGUAAUUCCUCUUCAAUUCUUGCCCGGACAAACUGCCGAAACCCUUGGAAUUACAGGCAAGGAACAAUUUAACAUCAACAUUCCCGAUGUCUUGACGCCACAUGCCAAAAUUACUGUCAAGACCGAUUCUGGCCUUGAAUUCCAAACAAUUUUGCGCUUCGACACGGAAGUCGACAUAACUUACUUCAGAAACGGAGGAAUUCUCAACUACAUGAUCCGCAAGAUGAUCCAGUAAAUUUGUUGGAAAAAGAGUUUUGUUAUCAAAUUUGUUAUAUCCGGUUUUGGGAGAAAUAAAAUAUUAAAUUUUUAAAU